CGCCCCACGCUCCCAGGUGCGCACGGCCUGCCACCCCCUGGCCCCCCGCUCCCCGGUGUCCCGGGCCCCAGACGACCUGGGACGCGUACCCAGCGGCACAACACCAGGGGCCCUCUUGGGGUUGUGUCGCCUUCCCACGGACUCGCGUGCCUCCGUCCGCCCCUCCCGCUGCCCACGGGGACUCAGGAAUCGCGCGGCGAGUGGAUGCGGACGCGAUGGACAGCGGCGCACUGCUGCGUCCCGCGCCCCCGGUGCCUGCGGCCCCAGCUCGGCGGCGACCCACAUCCCCACAACUGCUGCGCUGCAGCCGGCGGCGACGGCCGGGCGCCACGGAGACCGGGAGCGGCGCGGCGGCCGUGGCGCGGCGCAAUGAGCGCGAGCGCAACCGCGUGAAGCUGGUGAACUUGGGCUUCCAGGCGCUGCGGCAGCACGUGCCGCACGGCGGCGCCAGCAAGAAGCUGAGUAAGGUGGAGACGUUGCGCUCAGCCGUGGAGUACAUCCGCGCGUUGCAACGCCUGCUGGCCGAGCACGAUGCGGUGCGCGCCGCGCUGGCCGAGGGGCUGUUGGCACCAGCAGCCGCGCGGCCCCCCGCGUCCUGCGGGCCUCCAGGGACCCCCGCUGCCGCCGCGGUCGCCGCCUCCUCGCCUUCCUGUGCCUCGUCGUCCCCGGGCCGCGGGGGCAGCUCAGAGCCCGGCUCGCCGCGCUCCACCUACUCCUUGGACGAUAGCGGCUGCGAGGACGCGCUUAGCCCAGUGGAGCGCGAGCUGCUCGACUUCUCCAGCUGGUUAGGGGGCUACUGAGCGCCCUGUCCCCGAGCAGCCGCAGCCCUGGACGCCGAGGGGCCAGCGCGCCCAUCACCUGACAGCAAGGUGGGCGGCCGCGCCUUGGGCCCACCAUCCUGGCGGGCGAAGCCACCACCGAGCCCGGACUCCGCCGACGGCCCUCCGAGGGUCCCCCGCGCCGUCCAGCCUGACCGAGUGCCCGUGGGGAGAUGGCCCCCAGCCUGAACCUGCCCCGCUGGCGGCGGCUUCCUCAGACCCAGACCCCCGCCCCCCCAGCGGUCCUCCACUGGGACGGGGCCGGGCACCAACACGGAGAGGUUUGAAGGGGAGAAGAUUUUCUAAGGACACAGAACAUCGAUCUUUUACCUAUUAAUUUGAACUGCCAAGGGAUACCGGCAAUAUGAAGACUUAUUUUUGUAUAAAAAAUCCUUAGACUCUGAACACAAUAAAGAUUGUCUACCCUAGCCCCACCCCACUACUGGAAUUUUCCAACCCGCCGCAGAUCUGGACACCGCAGGGGCAGGGUCCCCGGUGGGCGUGCCCUUGCAGCGCUGGGUCCCGCUCCCAGCUGGGAACCCACCUUGUUGGAAAACCUGAUUGAGGGCAGGUGGACUUUACAAAUAAAUCAGUGCUGUGUA